UCGGAAAAGGUGGGGCAAAUGAGGGAGAAGGAGAGUCAGACCAGGUAACCAGGGGAUGGAGAGACUGCAGUCCAGUUCACUUCAGGCAACGAAGGCUUCACACAGAUGGGGUGCACCUGUACUUCAUUAGAAAGCCCAUAUUUUCACAGAAGCUCGGCCAUAAAGCCCACACUGACGACGUCGGCUCUUUAUAGUGCAGCUUAACUCCAAUUUGGCUGCUGCGUUUUCGUCAGUCGAGUACCACAGAGGUUUGGCAGAGGUUCCGGCUAGCUCAGUUUCCUCCUCUCGCACUCUCUCUCUCUCUCUCUCUCCUUCUCUCUGUCUGCGUCUGUGGCUCCUCUUCUCCUUCUCUGGAGACCUGCGCCCGUGCUCUCCACACCGCUCAGCCGCCUGUCUUGGUGAGGGUGACAGCCCUUCCGCCAUUCCCCUGGGACGCAGAAAGGUUUAACUAGGCAGAGGAAAGAUGAGUCCUCUUCAUGUGCCCCUCUUGGCUCUACUGAUUGGCAGUGUCCUGGGUCAAUACGAUUAUGACUAUUACCAAGGUCCCGCCAUGAUGUUGGGCCCAUCUGGGCCUAACUGUCCCGAGGAGUGUGAGUGCCCCGUACAUUUCUCUAGUGCCAUGUACUGCAACAACCGUCACCUCAAAGCCAUUCCCAUGGUCCCCACCGGAAUCAAGUACCUCUACCUUCAGGACAACGACAUCAAGGAAAUCAAGGCCGCCGCCUUCGUCAAUGCCACCGACCUCCGCUGGCUGAUCCUUGACAACAACCAGAUCACCAGCGGGGCUGUGGAGAAGGGUGUCUUUGAUAAGCUCAAGUCGCUGGAGAAACUGUACUUCAACUUCAACAACCUGACCGAGCCUGUGGGCCCACUGGCCAAGACCAUGAACGAGCUGAAAAUUAUGGGGAACCAGAUGUCCAAGUUCCCCUCGGGCAUUCUCUCCGGACUGGAGAACCUGACCUUGGUCGACCUGCAGGGCAACCAGCUGACAACCGAAGGCAUCGCUGGGGCCUUCAAGGGCCUCAAAUCCCUGAUCUACUUGGAUGUCAGCAAGAACAAGCUGGGGAAGCUUCCAACAGGGCUGCCUGGCUCCAUCGAGAUGCUCUACGCCGACCACAACGACAUCAGCAGCAUCCCCAAGGAAUACAUGCAGAAGCUCCCCACUCUGCAGUACCUCCGCAUCUCCCACAACAAGCUGGCGGACUCCGGCAUUCCAGCCGGGGUCUUCAACGUUUCCAACCUCAUUGAGCUGGAUCUGUCCUACAACAAGCUCCAGAACAUCCCUGAGGUCCACGAGAAUCUGGAAAACCUCUAUCUGCAGGUCAACCAGAUCAACAAGUUUGACGUGGGGAGCUUCUGCAAGAUCAUGGGGCCGGUCAACUACUCCAAACUGAGGCACCUGCGUCUGGACGGGAAUAACUUAACACGCACCAGCAUGCCCGAUGAGGCGGCUAACUGUCUGCGCAUGGCUACCGACGUCAUCCUGGAGGCCACAGACUAGACACCCUCCUCCUGCAAAGCACACUGUCACUCACCCCACUCGCUCAUCCCGAAAACCAGUGGAACCACCACACUUCCAGUUUACAACCACCCCUCUGGCUAUGACCCCGGGUGCCCGCCCCUCCCCCUUCUGCUAUAAAUAUGGAGAAUGGGGACAGAAUUCUGUAGAUAUUACAGAUGCACAAAGAGAGUAUUUAACAGAGUUAAUCAUGAAAUGAUGUAACCUCCCAGGUCGAGUUGCAUUUAAUCAAACUGCCAUUUUUGUUCUUAAAGCAGCCGUUGGGUGGACCCCACGCCAUUCAGGCUUUGGUACUUCACGUUUUACCAGUGCCAGGAACCUUUCAGACUUUCCCUGGCGCUCUUGCACAGUCAGUCGAUAAAACGUGUAUGCAUGAAAUGGGCAAAUCUGUAGAAAGAAUAGCGGCAAAUUUGGGUAGUCUUCAGUACAGACUAUAGCAGGGCCGGGUUAUGUUUAGGUGAUCAAUAAUGACAAUAAGAACUUUUUCUUGAUGUGUCUUCACAUAGCCUAUGAGGGUAAAUAUUCCCAAUUUAGAGGUACGCACAGUUUCAACUUAGAUUUAUGACACAUACUUUAAAUAUGCCAUACCAGAGAUGUCAUGCUUAAAGGAGACUCACUUUUAUCCUGGCAUUUGUUCAUUUUGUUUUUUAUAGCUUUUUAUUUCAAAUGGUGUACAUGACUGACAUGUGUUAAUGCUGUAUCUCAAACAAAACCUUCAGGUAAGGAAAACUAAAAUUAUGAGGACAACUGGACUCUUUGUCCACACUGGCAUAUAACAUUGAAGUCCACAGAUUAUGUAGUAUCUAACGAGAAGUAAAUAUCAUCUUGAAUUGACUUCAGUCAUUAUGACCAGCUUAAAACAGUGAACAUGAUCAAUUAAUGUCGUAAAAUUAAUGUGAACGCUUGUCUCUUUGUAUCCUUUGUCACAUUUUCCAAGUAGGAGAAAACAUAACAAAAUAUGGAGUGAAAGUUGCCAAAUGAAAUGAUUAAGAUAUUGAUUCCUCUAUUUUUGUUGAUGUUCUUCAGGAGAUUGAACCAAAGCCAACUACUUUCUGUCUAAAUAAGCAGCAUUGUGAACAUCAGCUAAUACAUUGUGUAAACACAUAUGCAUUUCCCUUGGCCUGCAUGCACUGCAUGGUAUAUCUGUAUGCUAAUAAAACGUAGCAUUUUAA